AUUUUCGUCAUUACAAGUUGGUCUAAAUAGAAGUGAGAAAAUCUUAUGGGCGUUUCUACCGCCUCCCUGAACCGGAUAUCCAGCAACAAUCACGCUGAUCUUACCUAACGAAACUCCCAAAUUUGCCAUUCUCUCUUUUCUUGCGCCUUCUGAGCUUCCAAGCUUCGUAAUCUUCAACAUACACAGGCGCACGCUAUAUAAUUAGGAGGCUAUACACGGAAGGGUUGUUUGGGUAGAUUCAAGAAAGUGAAAUUGAUGACGACGCGUAAUAGAGAUCUAGAGAGAGCAACGAAGGGCGGAAACAGUACAAGUCUACAGGCAAGAUGCGAUUCAUCAGCAUAUCAUGCGGAUACCUCGGAGAAGCAGUGGACAUCGUGGCUUGUGUUUUGUAUAGUGGUGGUCAAUGUUGCUAUGUUUAUUGUCAUCAUGUUUGUGAAUAAUUGCCCGCAGAAUGAUGACAGGAAGCGAUUUGGGGUGGUGAAUGGGAAAUGUGUUGCAAUGUUUCUUGGGAGGUUCUCUUUUCAACCCCUUAGAGAAAACCCCCUUUUUGGGCCUUCUUCUUCUACACUGGACAAAUUGGGUGCACUAGAGUGGGACAAGAUAGUUAAUGAUCAUCAAAGCUGGAGACUUAUCACUUGUAUAUGGCUGCAUGCAGGGGUUGUCCAUUUGCUCGCUAACAUGCUGAGCUUGGUUUUUAUUGGGAUUCGCCUUGAGCAGCAAUUUGGAUUUGUGCGUGUAGGUAUAAUCUACCUGUUGUCAGGAAUUGGUGGGAGUGUUAUGUCUUGUCUUUUCAUUCAACACAGCAUUUCUGUUGGCGCUUCUGGUGCAGUCUUUGGACUUCUUGGAGCAAUGCUGUCAGAGUUGCUUACUAACUGGACCAUUUAUGCUAAUAAGGCUGCUGCACUUUUUACUCUGGUUGUUAUAAUUGCAGUCAACUUAGCUGUUGGGAUUCUUCCUCACGUUGAUAACUAUGCUCAUAUUGGAGGUUUCCUUAGUGGGUUUUUUCUUGGCUUUGUACUGCUACUCAGACCCCAGUUUGGUUGGCCUGAAAGGCUGGAUCUUCCAGCUGAAGCCCGAAUGAAGUCCAAGUUCAACAUAUACCAAUAUGUGCUCUUUGUGGUUGCCUUGAUUUUAUUGAUUAUUGGAUUUGUUGUGGGUUUGGUGAUGCUAUAUAAAGGAGAGAAUGCAAAUGAUCGAUGCAAGUGGUGCCGUUAUUUAAGCUGCGUGCCUACAUCGAGAUGGCAAUGUGAUCGUAACUAACACUGAGCUAGCCACGUUUCCGAUUCUUUCCGCUCUGUCUCUGAUUCUUUUGGUUUAUCACAUAGAUCAACUUAAAAGUAUACUGCUCAUAUGUAUAUGUUUAUAUUGCUUGUGUACAUGUAGAGCCUGUGCAGACUUGAAUGCCUGCUGCUCAUGAUGUGUAUAUUAAAUACAAUAAGGUUCUGUUUGUAUCAUCUAUAGUGCACAUGUACCGGGCUUUGUGAGAAUAAAGAAGUUUCUGCGUUUGCUUCCAUUUUUUUAGCA